CCUUUUAUUCGUAUAUAAAUAAACCACUCUCACCCCAUCCCUUGAAUCCUCAUUUUCUUCUCCACCCAUUACAUGAUUCACAAUUUCCAUUAGCUAGUAGCAAUAACAACCAUGCCCAAAAGGCUUCGAGAUUACUUCUUCAAAAUAAAGAGCCCUCGUCCUCGCCCUCAAAUCCAACUACCCUCUUCUAAGAGCUGGAAUAUUCUCUCUGGCUGCAAGAAUCCUAGGACACCUUCCUUUGCCAUAUACAGUGGCAGAAACGAACGUGAACGUGAACGUGAACAUGUUCAUGUUCAUGUUCAUGUUUCCGACAACGACGACAACAACAUCAUCAAGGACGAUGCAGCCACCUUAGCAGACAUUGACCGUUUUCUUUUGGAGAAUUUCAGGUCCCUCUACCUUAAAGACGACGAAGAAACCGAAGACACCAAACGGGUCUUGGAAGAGGAAGGUCCAAAGCAAGGUUCGAUUUUGUACGAUGAGUCAUGCUUGGAAACGCCACGUCACAUUGGAGGGUCCACCAGAUUGUUGGUGAAGAGAGGGUUCUCAGGGUCACUGGCAGAGGACAACACAUUAACAAGUGGAUCCAACUCAACUAUAUCGACCCAAGUUUCUUCGUCUUGGAAUAGUUGUGAGAAGGAUCAAGCUCUUCCGGAUAAUAGCAUCGCUCUCUUGACGCACUCCACCAACCCCUGCCACGACUUCAGGCGCUCCAUGCAGGAAAUGGUCAACCACCAUGGAAGCCUCGUUGAUUGGGAUUUCAUGGAGGACCUCUUGUUCUGUUAUCUAAACCUCAAUCACAAGAACUCCCACAAGUUCAUUCUCAGUGCUUUCGUCGAUCUCAUCACCGUCAUGCGUCGGAACUCUCAACCAACGCCGCAUAGCGUUCGAACCAUUAGGUCCCGAGAAAUUAUUAGAUAGUCUCAGACUAUUUUCAUCAUCUCAAUUAAUAAUACUUAUUACAUGUCAAAGAUUAUCUAACGUAACGUUAGUAUUUGGGUCCUCCAGACUUGAUAACCAUCAAGUGUUAUGACUCUUAUGAGUAGUUAUUAUGUGCUUGAAUUUUGAGCUGUUUCUACUUUUUCCCCAGGCAUCACGUGCAGUAAGCUGUAGCAUAUGAUUUUGAAUAUUUUAUUAACAGCAAUGAGCACUUUGUUUAUCGCUCAA